AGUAAACAGUGCAGUUACUAGGUGAUAACCCCCCCCCCACGUAGCUACGCAGUGACGUCAGAGAAAGAGAAGAUGGCGGCUGUGCUGAAGGCGGAAGCGGGGCAGUGCGGGCGGCCGUGCGUUGCGUGAGACUCAUCCUGCAUGGACUCGUCGCCAUGAGCAACAAGGAGAUGGUUUCCACGGAGACAGAGAACAAAGGACAGAGGAAGGUGUUUCUUCCUAACAAGCUGCUGGAGUGUCUCCCUCGUCUGUCCGGUCUGCCGAACGAGCGCCUCAGGUGGAACACUAACGAGGAGAUUGCUUCUUACCUGAUUUCAUUCGACCGACAUGACGAGUGGCUCUCCUGCACCCUCAAAACCAGGCCGAAGAACGGCAGCAUCAUCCUGUACAACAGGAAGAAGGUGAAGUACAGGAAGGACGGGUACUGCUGGAAGAAGCGGAAGGAUGGGAAGACGACGAGAGAGGACCACAUGAAGCUGAAGGUCCAGGGCAUGGAGUGCCUGUACGGUUGCUACGUCCAUUCCUCCAUUGUGCCGACAUUCCACAGACGAUGCUAUUGGCUGCUGCAGAACCCAGACAUCGUGCUGGUCCACUACCUGAACGUGCCGUCCCUGGAGGAUUCUGGGAAAUGCAGCCCGCUCAUGUGUGCGGUGACCGACCGCCAUGACAGUGUGAGGUGGAGCCGAGACGACCUGCUGAGCCAGCUGAAGCCCAUGUUCCACAGUAUGAAGUGUUCGGUGGGUUCAGGAGAUUUCAGUAUCGAGGAGCUGGUCCAACACAUUCUGGACCGACAGAGAACCAAACCUCAGCCGCGCACACACGCCUGCCUCUGUAACGCCGCCCAGGUGUCUUCAGGAGUGAACAUUCCCCACCGCUGUAACAGCACCAAGCAUCGCAUCAUCUCCCCCAAACUGCCUCCCUCCUCCUGCAGACCCUCCCCCUCCCCGCUGUCCUCUGAGGUGGGGGAGGCGGGGAGAGGAGGAGGAGGAGGAGGAGGAGGAGGGGGAGAAGCCAAACUGCCCCACCUCCAGGCUCAGAGCAGCCCCGUCUCGUCUCCGUGCCCUUCAUCCACCUCGUCUCCACCUCAGCCUCACAGGCCCGCCGUUGCCGCGGGGAACCACGGCAACGGCUUCUACGGAGACCACCGCGGCAGCCUGACGACGGUGGCGCUGCCCCAGAACGCUGUGAUCGUCAUGGCAACGACUACCGCCGCCAUCACCACGGGGGGGCGAGGGGGAGGAGGAGUGGCCAGAGCGGAGGAGGCGGGGCCGGGCAGGAGCCUGUCACUCACCCACUCCGGACAGUUACUGCUCUCCCCCGCCCUCCCGCCUCCUGCAGGAAAGCCCGCCUCCCCUUCCCCUCCCUCCUCCUCCUCCUCACCCGCUCCUCCCUCACUCCCGCCUCCGCCCGUCCAGGCGCCGGGCGUGGCCACUCUCUCCCUCACCCUCCUCCCCUCCCCCGUCAUUGGAGGUCUGCUCCUUACCCCCUCCUCCUCCUCAUCCUCCCUCCGCUCCCCGCCUCCUCCUGCCACCGCCGCCUCACCCCCUCCCUCCCCCUCACCACCCCCGCUUCCCCCGUCCCUCCCCCUGGCCUUCGACCCCGACUCCUUCCUCAACUCUCCCAAACAGGGUCAGACAUACGGCGGCCCGCCUCCUCCCUCCUCCACCCCCUCCCCUGUCCUCUGCUCCUCCUCCCCCCUCUCGCCCCCCUCCCUUGCUCUCUCCCUCUCCCCCACCUGCACCCCUCCCUCUUCUGUCUCCCCUCCUUCCUCUCUCUCCUCGCUCUCCUCUUCCUCCUCCUCUUCGGAGGACAGGAGAGACUCGGCCCUCCCACACUCCUCCUCCUCUUCCUCGUCCUCCCUGCCCCCCUCCCUCUCCCUGUCUCCCACCUCCUCUGUGGCCCCGUCCCUCCUCCCCCUCUGCCUGGAGCUGGGAGCUCUGGGGGAGUCGGAGGGAGGACGGGAGUCGGAGGUGGCGGCAGAUGAAGAGGAGGUGAAGGACAGGAGGGAUGAUGAUGAUGAUGAUGAUGAUGAUGAAGGCAGCGCUCCUCCCACCAAGCUGGCGCUGCUGCAGACAGGCCACGCCUCCCCCAGCUCGUCUCCACGGCAACAGACAGGAAGUAGUUCCGCCUCACUGCUCGUGGUUUGCCAGGACUCUGCGAACCAACCCUCCCAGCAGCCGGCCAAUCAGACGCAGCGAUCGGCCGACGGACAGCAGCCGUUGGUCCUGCAACAGCGGUAUAAUCACCUGUCUGCGCCUGAAGCUCCGCCCCCGGCUCAGAUGUCCCAUCAGCCCCUGCUGCAGCAGCAGCAGUCCAUCGGUCUGGGUUGCGCUGACUCUAACUCCACCCCCGCGGCUGUCGCUAUGGAUACCACCCAACUGGCGACGCCCCCGAACCAGGUGAAGGACGAGAGCAGGCGGGACUACGACUCGGAGGACACCCGCAUGGACACGCACCUGGAGGAGGAGGCGGAGCCCUGCGAGCGUGGAGGGGAGGAGCUCGACAUCUCCUUCGACAGCCAGUUCCCCGACCUCAUCUCUGACCUCAUCACAGAGGAGGCCAAUCCCGUCGCUCCACACCCGUCUGCGGCGCCGAACCCCGCCGUGUUCCCGGCCGGCGUCCGCUACAUGGUGCCCCCCCAGCCCUCGCCGUCCUCCUCCUUCCUCCCGUUCCCUCACCCUCUGCCCUCGUCCUCGUCGACCCGCCUCGCCUCCAUCACGGACUUCUCCCCUGAGUGGUCCUACCCCGAGGGAGGUGUUAAGGUAUUGAUCACAGGACCAUGGAGUGAGCUGUUGGGUCGAUACUCGUGUGUUUUCGAUCAGAGCACCGUCCCCGCAUCGCUGAUUCAACCUGGAGUGCUGCGCUGCUACUGCCCUGCCCACGAGGCCGGCCUGGUGUGUCUGCAGGUUCUGGAGUCCGGAGGGUCGGUUUCUUCUUCGGUUCUGUUCGAGUACCGAGCGAGGAACGCCAGCUCUCUGCCCAGCUCUCAGCUCGACUGGCUCUCAUUGGACGAUAAUCAGUUCAGGAUGUCCAUCCUGGAGCGGCUGGAGCAGAUGGAGCGCAGGAUGGCCGAGAUGGCCGCCCGCGAAAGCAACAACCACCAGCAGCAGCAUCAGCAGCAGCAGCAACAGCAGCAACAUGGCAGCCAGCUGGCCACACCUCCUCCCCCACCCCCACCUGAGGACCAUGAACAGUCCUCUCAGUGGUUUGAGAGGAGGAUUGUGGGAGUGUGUGAGCGGAUGAUGAGGGGAGGACGGUGGGCAGGAGGAGGAGGAGGAGAGAGGCUUCAUCACUCCGUUCGUCACCGCGGGAUGACACUGCUCCACCUGGCUGCUGCACAGGGAUACACUCACCUGAUACACACUCUGAUCCACUGGAGGAGUGUUAACAGCGACAGCCUGGACCUGGAACAGGAAGUCGACCCUCUCAACAUCGACCACUUCUCCUGCACCCCGCUGAUGUGGGCAUGUGCUCUGGGCCACCAGAGGGCAGCAGAGCUCCUGUACAGCUGGAACAGUUCGGCUCUGGGGAUCCCUGAUUCGCUGGGGCGCCUGCCGCUCGCCGUGGCCCGAUCCCGUGGACACACCCGCCUUGCCGCAGCUCUUGAGGACCUGCACACGCGCACACACAUGACGCCCGCGGACACGCGCACGUACUCAACGGACACACACACGCCGGCUACGCCUCAGCCACAGCUGCCCCCGUCUCCGCUGUCCACCAGCCCGGACACAGGUUUGAGCUCCUCCAGCAGCCUCCCCUCACCCAGCGACCCCUCCUCCCCUUCGCCGAGCUCCGCUUACUCCAGUGGCCCCGCCCCCAUGGACACCUCCCCCUCGUCUCCUUCCUCCUCCUCGUCCUCGCUCCCCGUCUCCCCCCCUUCUCCUUCCUCCCUGCCCCUCUCCUCAUUUCCUCCAGUGUCCAUGUGGGGGGAGGAGCCGAAUAUCAGGCUCAGCACAGGUUUGAACCCCGGCUGUUCCAGAGACUCUCUUUACCUCAUGGACUACGAGAGCACCUGCCACCCCUCACCCACCCACACGGUGGGCGGGCGGCGGUCGCACACAGCGGCAACGCUGGAGGAGCAGCUGCUGAGCUACAGCGAGAACGCUGAGAACGAAGGCGAGGAGGAUGAGUACCUGGACGAGGAGGUGCUACAGGUUGACAUGGCAACACUGGCAGAGCAAAUCAUCGAGGCGACCCCGGAGCGAAUCAAACAGGAGGACUUCCCCAGGGGGGCGGAGUCACCGCUGAGAGAGAGGCGAGACAACCCGGCCAUCCAGGACACCUGGCUGGCUACAUACCUGGACACGGUCGAUGCCCACACACACUCCCCACCCAGGAGGGUGCGUCCCCCUUCGCCCCUCAGUGCACUGGCCCUCCAGAGGCUCCGCCCCCCCUCCUCUGCGGCGUGGGCGGAGUUCCUGAACGCCUCGGCCAAUGGAAAAAUGGAGAGAGACUUUGCACUGCUGACACUGACGGACGGAGAGCAGAGGGAGCUUUACGAGGCCGCCAGGAUCAUCCAGAACGCCUUCAGGAGAUACAAGGGUCGGAGGUUAAAGGAGCAGCAGGACAUGGCUGCAGCCGUCAUACAGAGAUGCUACAGGAAAUACAAACAGUACGCGCUCUAUAAGAAGAUGACCCAGGCAGCCAUCUUGAUCCAGUCCAAGUUUCGGUCGUACUACGAGCAGAAGCGUUUCCAGCAGAGCCGGCGGGCGGCGGUCCUCAUCCAGCAGUACUACCGUAGCUACAAGGAGUACGAGAGGCUCAAGCAGGGUCCAAGAGGGGCCUCCGGACACAACACCAAGAUCAAGGGGUCUUUCUUGACGAAGAAACAGGACCAGGCGGCGAGGAAGAUCAUGAGGUUCCUGAGACGCUGCAGACACAGGAUAAAAGAGCUGAAGCAGACGAGGGAGCUGGAGAGGAGAGGGCUCACCACUUAAACCGUGUCUUCAUUUCAGCUCCUGGAGAGGAGAGACGGACGAAGGAUGGUUGAUCUCGUUGUCUUUUGGCAGGUUUACUCUGAUGUACAAAGGGACGGAAACGCAACAGACAUGAUGGAGAGAUGCCUUAUCCCACCCCGGCUCUUCUUUCUUCCUUUCCUCCGCCUCCUUUGAUUGAUCGAUCUAUAUAUCUAAUGUCUUCUCUCAUGGUUGAAUGUAGCUGUCUGUCUGCAGCUUAAAGAGCUUUUUAAUAGUGUCACACCGUCCUAUAGACUCGUUCUCCAGGCCUUUCUCAGCACAGAGUAGUUCUACGCUACGGACCUGGGGCUCUGCAAGUUCAACUCGGGACCCCAGACUUCAGCACUCAAAGGUCUACUUGCAGGUGUUUUGGAGGGAAAAGUUUUCAGCUACUUUGACUUGUGAGAAGCAAUCAAACAAAAUGUUACCUCACUGCCUCCAUUCAUUUUCAUUUAAAUAUGUUUGAUGAGACUGACGAGGCGUUCAAGGAGCCCACAGUGGCAGCUCUAGAACAUGAAACAUGAAGCUUGACUUCAGCACUAGAUUUACACUCCAAGACCAAGUUUAUCCUCCACGAGCAAUUAUAUAUUGAUAUAAAUACACAGAUGCAGUUCAGCGCUCUGCAUGUUUAUUUCAAGUUCAGUAUUUUCAGCAGUACAGGCAGUGAUUCUCAGCUGUCGUCAAUCAAGCGCAUUUUCUUUUCCUUUUUUUUUACUUUAAAGAUCGUUUAGGGCUCUCCAUCAUGCACAUUUUUUACAUGCACAUACAGUAUUUAUUCGACAUCAGAGUCGGCGGUGAAAAACCAAAGUGCCGAGAUAAGACUGUUCUCCUGAAGAUGACGACGGGUCCUCGCAUCAACGUUGGAGCAAAAAGACAUAAAUCAGCCACGUUUGAAAUUUAAGUGUUUACUUUCUCUAAAAACUUAAUUUGGUGACAUAAUAACACCCGUAGGACCAAAGUGACAGCAGCUCUGAGCCUGUUUACCUGUCUAAAGUCAGCAUCACCUGUGGUCAUUUGGUCUGGACCUGUUUUGAUCUGGACUGUCAAUGUGUUCUGAGACCGAUGCCGUUUCACAAGAGCACGGGGACGCAGUUUGAGAAAGGCCUUUGGGGAAAAACCCUAACUCAACUGAUCUCUCCUGGGAGGCACAGCUCAGGGCAAACCAAGACCCAGGAGUGUCUACGUCUGUUCCCUCCUGCCCACAAUUUACUGCUGUUUUCCUGCCAAGGUCGGGAGACGAGAACUAACAGGACAGUGUGUUUGAGGGUCACCUGAACAAAGAGAUUUCAGACUGAGGUCAGAAAUUCCUUCAGAAGUCUGAAUGUUUGCGGGUCGUCACAUUUUGGAACGGGGAGUCUACACGCUGUGUACUUCAAAAUGUAUAUGAUUAUAACAAAGCUACUAUAAAUAUAUUUAAACAAUCACAUAUAUAAACAUAUAUAUAUAUAUAUUCUAUUGUUGGACUUUAUAGAUGCUAUGGGUGUUUUUAUUUAUUACAGCAUGAGCCGCUAAUGUGAGUUUGUGUGAGUGUGUGUGCUGCACAGACUGUAAGGUCGAGUCUUAAGGAACCCUGACCUCUGACCUCUGACUCUACGCAGACAAAACGAAUCAAUCAAAAAACACUGUUGCAAAUUUUGUUCGAUACGUUUACAUUUAUCGAGCAGCAGCGGCUUUAAACUUCACAGUUGAGAUCAGAAUGGGUGAAAAUGCACUUUCAGUUUCUGCGUGAAACUUAAAGAUCGAAGCUGCUGUUCAAACACUGUAGUUCACAAAGCUCAUGGAGGGAAAUUGAUGUUUUAAAACGGUCAGAAAUCACACUCAGAGUUGUUUCUCGGUAAGAAACACAUGUUGGAAGGAAAUGAUCUCUCUUAUGUCCUUUCGGAUAAAAACAUCCAGACUUCCACUUAGAGAUCAGCCUAACAAGACGUCACGUUUCCUUCCUUCAGCGUCAACCCUCCGCUGAGCCGACAGGUCGUUGCUUCUUUGCUGAUGAUGGGUCAGAGGUCAAGCCGGGGUUCCCUUCAAACUGUUUUUUAAUUCAUCCAGAAAGUUUUAGGAUAGCAGCGACGGACGACGCAGCGGCCUCAACGGCACUUUGCUACGAGCAACAAGUUGCUCCAGAACAUUUCCUGCCACAGCUCCUUGUUUUUUUUUUUUCAUUUUUAAGCAGAGGCUGAUUGAUGCUGUGCUUUUGUCACAGCGACCACAACGAGGCUAGGGCCAAGCACGAGCCGUCCUCAUAACGAAUUGUUUGACAGAGUUGGUCUUUGGCUUGUUUUCAAAAGAUUUCUUCUUCUUUGGCUGCUGCAGUGAAGCUUUGCAUGAGUUUGUAUUUAAUUGUUUCGCAUUUUAAGACCUUUAAGAUGAAAUACAUUAUUCUACAAGUCAGACGAAUAAAUCAGCUGUUUGCUA